AUUCGAUUUCAAUCAUGAACGUGUUGGAUUCUAAUCUCGAAGCUCUUGCUUUCAAUUACUUGAGCUUCGGAUUGUUCACUGUUGUGAACAAUCUGUGGACUUGGGUCGCCGUUUUGACCGCUGCCGUUAGCUUCUGGGGGCUCAGACCCAGAGCCGCCGCCACCAGGGCCAUCUCUUCUUCUUCCGCAUUGAAAUUCCACUCCCAACCUGCCAUUUCCGACCUCAGCUCAAAUGGGUCGUCGCCGGUUCCCGAGAUAACUCAGUCAAAUUCCGCGGCGAAGAAGGUGGAGCCACCAUGCUUUGUUCCAGCAUUGGCCAAGUUCGAUGACAGCAGAGUGCAGCUGACAAAGGGUUCGAAGUUUGCGGUGUAUUUUGAGGAUAGUAACGUUGAGAGUGACCUGAUAGCGACCUCAUCGCCGACGCCGGAGGAGGAUGAGACAGAAGAGAGCGGCAGCGAUGAGGUGGUGGCGGCUAAUUGGUGGGAGGAUGUUUUGACGUUGAGAACGGGAGAGAUGAGCUGCUACAGGUACCAGGACUUGACGGAGCUUAACGGUAACGUCGUUAGAUUAUGGGAUGAUUACACUAAAAUAGUUGGUGAAACCGCGUCCCGCUCAGCAAAACCAAAGCGACGUGUCGUUUGGUAGUUAGAUUAGCAUGUGGUUUUAGGCUUUAUUAUGCAUCAAGGUCUUGGGAUUGAAGGUUCGAAGAAGAACUUGUAAAUACAUUUUGUUGGGUUAAACAUGAUUAAUAAACUCAAAUCAAUGCAAAUUGCAACGCUACUUGUUGCAUUUUUUAUAUAA